AUGCACCGCUACGGGACGCGCGCGUCGAAGACGACUGAAGGCGAGGGUAAUAUGGCUAGAACCAAGCCCACGGACCGCAGACCACCCGCGGCGAGGGCCGCCGCGGCGCCAAAACGGGCUAGAACGAUCACCGACACCGAAGACUGCGCGGGCGAGUUCGACGACGGCUACGGCGACGACUCAAGCGCCGCUGGCGACGACGCUGCGGCGGAGCCCCUCGAAGAGGAGGCGUCCGACGCCGAGGCGUCCGACGCCGAGGCGCUCGACGACCCCCGCGCCUUGGCGGCGGCCAAGAAGAAGGCCGAGGCGGCGGCCAAGGCGCUGGAGAAGCGGACGAAGGGGUGCGCCGUCGUCGUGAAGUGCACGAUGGCGCGCGGCGGGAAUAGCUGGACGCUAGCGCCGCUGGACCCCCCCCGGACGCGCUCGAUCCCCUGGACGUGCGUCGUCCUCGACGAGCAGAGCGGCGUACGAUCUGUGAGGCUCGAGGACCUGAUGAAAGCGGCGGAUGUGGCCGGAGACACUUUGGGUCUCGUCGCCGGCGCGACGAAGAAGCAGCUGAGCCUCGUGCGCGUGCGGGUGGUCGGACGGAGCGCCGAUCUCGUGGAGCUCGACCGGAAGGAGGGCAAGGUGGUCUGGGUCGCGACGCCCGCGACGGCGGUGGCGGCCUUUGUGGACGAGACGGGCCUGACCAGCGCCGGCGCCGUCGCCGCGCCGACGCUGGCCGCGGCGCUGGCGCCGAAGCCCGUCGCGAAGACGGGGGAAGAGAAGCGGGCGGAGCGGAAGGAGCGGACGGACUGGGUCCUCGCACUCUCGGAGGCGUCGAAGGACUCGGAAAGGUGGGCCGCGGCGGACCUGCCGUCGAUCGACCCGGCCGCGGCCUUCCGGAUUAGGGAGCUGCUCGAGAAGGACGACGCGCGGGCCGACGUGUUCGAGGAUCUGCUGGAGAGGGACGUCGCGACGGACGGCUUCGUGCUGAGGCCGGGGGCGCCGCUGCCCACGGUCGACGACUUGGCGGCGCUCGGGAUCAAGGGCAGCGCGACGAAGAAGAAGAAGGGCGUCGGCGGCGCGUCGCAUGCGACCGACCAGAUGCAGGGGCUCGCGACGGCGAUCGUCAAGGCCCAGGCCCAGGCCCAGCAGCAGGCGCCGGGCGGCCCGCCGCCGUUCCACGCCGUCGCGCCUCCGGGCUACCCGCCGUACGGCUACGCGCCGCCCUUCGGCGGGGCCUACGGCGGCUACGGCUACGGCCCGCCGCUGGGCUACCCGCCCGCGCACUACGCCUACGCGCCGCCGCCGCCGCCGCACGCGCUACCGCCGGGCGCCGGCGCCGCUGGCACGCCGCCGGGCGCGCACGGCGCGGCGCCCGGCACGCCGGCGCUGACCGCGGCGACCGCGACGCCGCCGCCGCCGCCGCACGCCGCGGCCGGCGCGCCGCCCGGCGGCCUGUCGCCCUACGGCGGCCCGCACCCGCACGCGACGCCGCCGCACUGGACGGCCGGGGGCUACGGCUACGGCGCGCCGCCGGGCUACAGCCCGUUCGCGCCGCCGCCGGGGGCGUUCGGGGGCUACCCGCCGCAGGGGAGCCCGUGGCCGCCCUCGCCGUACCCUGGCGCGCCGCCGCCCUACAUCUGCGCCGCGCCGCCUCGACCGCCGCCGCCGCCCACGCCCGCGACCACGACGGCGGCUCCGGCCGUCGCCGCUACGGACACGGCCGCGGGCGCCACUACGACCCCCGGCGGCCCGCCCCCCGCGACCGACGGCGCGACGGCUCCGGCGCCGGCGCGGCGCACGAGCCUCACCGGGGUGGCGUCGCCGACGCACAACGUGGCGGCGGCACAGCCCCCCGCCGUCGGGACGGAGAAGCCGCCCCUGGGCGCGCCCGCGGCCGGCGCCGAGAACACGGCGCCGCCGGCGACGCCUGGGGGCUCCGGCUUCUGGCCGGCGGCGCCCUACUCGGCCGCGACGACGCCCUUCGCCUUCCCGCCGCAGCACUACUACGGCUCGAGCGGCCACUACGCCGCCGGCGGCGCGCUGCCGGCGCCGGCGCCGCCGGCCGCGGCGCCGCCUCCGGCGCCGCCGACCGACGCCGACGCGGCCGCGGCCGCGGAGGUCGCCGCGGCCGACGCUUAGGGCGCGGCCGGCCGAGGGCGUCGUCGGCGGAGACGCUCGUUACCGCCACAAGGGCGGCGAGGGGAGCCAAAAGGGCCUUCGGCGGCGACAAGCGCCCGCCCCUCUCUCACCUGA